UUAUACACUUGUUGUUAACAUUUGUCUGGCACUCGUAGCUCUGUGGAGACUCUUGUGUUGGAAGAAAUGAAGCAGAGCACACAGCAGCUAGGACCUGAAGCAAGUCCCGCGUGUAUUAGCCACACAGCAAACAAACCAGUUAAAUGACAACAGUGCCCCGUUCAACAAGUCAGCAAAAUCAAUCUGUUUUACUUUUUUUACACGGAGGCAGAACUGUGAAUGAGUUCGGUGGUGGAAUAGGAGAUAUCCUGAAUGACUCUGGCAUGGCUAAGUGCGAUACUGAAUGACUCUGGUGCGGAAUAACAAUUAUUCGGAACAACUCGGCCAUUCUGGAUCACUGCAGCACAAACGAGGAUAGAGAAGUCUCUGGAAUAAGGUGGGCAAGUGCCGAAGUCGCGCAACAGAGACAAGACAGGAUGAGAGAGAGAGGCCCCGGCAGAAGAGGAAAAUAGAGAGAAAGGAAGGGAGGGGGAAGAAGAAAAGCAAAACGAGGCAGAGCAAUAGAGGAACGCCAAGGAGAAUCUCUGGAAUAAAUAAAUAAAAAGACUUGUUUGGAGGAAAGGAAAGCUAGAUGAAAAGAUGAAGCCGAUAAAAAAGCAGGGCCGGCGCUCUCCCCCCUCCACCAGGGCCAAAGGGGGGAAGCGUCGUGGAGUGGGGGAUGCCCCUGAAGGAGGGGAGAAGAGAGACUCAGAUGGGAACAGAGACAGAAGCAGGUCCCCACAAAACCAGACUCCCUCCUCCUCUUUUUCAUCUAAUUCACACUCAGACUCCCAGGCGGACUCAAUCAGAGCGCGGGACACUUCAGAUGUGGAGGGACUACACAGGGAAGGGCUGUCAGAGACGACAGUAUCACUUGUGAUGGAUUCUGGGAAAUUGUUGACAUCUUCAGAUGAUAGGUCAGGGAGGUCAGUUCUGAGUGGUGGCAGCCACAGCGAUAGUAGUGGUAGCAGCUGCAGUAACAGUAGUACACCAAGCGCCAACAACAGCCCAAACCCUGCCUCCAGUCGUAAGACAGCCACCUUCAAGGCACGCGUUCCCAAGAAGAAGUACACAUCUGAACACUGCUCGUCUACUACUGCUGGUAACCAUAGCCACCCUGCAUCCAGCACGCCCCCUCCUCUACUUCUGAGCAGCGGGGUCCUCAACCAGGGGUCAACAGGUUCAGGAAGUGACAUUAGCAUCUCGCACCCUGAUGGCAACAGUCAGAGUAGAAGCCUGAUGAGCGAUUUCCACAGCAGGAACACUGGCAGGGAAGCACCUCAGGAUAGCUCCCCUGGACCCCCUACCCUGUCGCUGGGAGGUGAGAGCGAAAGGCCGGGAAGAGUUGAAGGGGUUAGAGAUGCAGAGCGAAUAUCACCCAGCCCCUUGCCCCGCUGCUCCUCAACAGACACCGCUAGUGAGCACUCAGCUGACCUGGAGGUAGUCAGUGAUGGGCGCACAAUCACACCAAUAUCUGCACAUGUACCCUCCAGUCUCCCUGAUGCGCUGUCUGAUGCCCUGGCCAAAGGGAUGAAGAAUCAGCGUGUCCUUGCCCGCCAGCUCAGGAGAAGAAUUGAUGAAGAGGGAGGGAGUGAAAGGAUGGAUGAAGGGAGGAGUUCAGACUUGGUGUUCCGGGCUGGGGUGGUCCGUAAGGUCAGCGGUGAAUACGGAAGCUUGGAGGUACAACUAAACGGGGAGAAGACACUGUGCCGUUAUCCGUAUAGACAUGACAGCCCCCCAGGAGUUGUAGACAUCAUCCUAGAUGCUCCGCCACCUGGUGUCCACCCAAUACCAAUUGGCACCCGCGUCUGUGUACCAUUCGGCAAUGAGGGAGGCAGUGAGGGACAGUGGCAGUGGUACCGAGAAGGCGUGGUGACCCAGGUGGAUACACAUCCAGCAGUGGCCAACCGUUACCGUGUCCUGUUGUCUGAGGAAAGACUUCCCUCUGUGGAUGAAGAAGAGGAUGGAAGGGGGACAGCUGGUCCUACCCAGGCAGUCUGGGUGUCCCGACAAACACUUCGGCUUUUGGUGCCGCCUUGGGACCUGGAUCUGCCGUCUGGAGGAGGAAGGGAGGGAGAAGAGAUUGUUAGAGAUAAGGAAAGAGAGCAGGAGGAUAGAGAGGAGAUGGACGUGGAGCAAGAGGUGUGUCGUUUGAGCCGAGGGAUGACACCCGGUGUGGGGUCAGUGUUAGGGAGAGGAAUUCCUUACCCAGGCAUGGUCCCUGUUUCCUCCACUGCGGGCCACAACAUUACCUCUCCAGUAACCCCAGCCUCAGUCCUCAGCCUGGCUCCUGGCCGAGAGUGGGAAAUUGAGAAAGACCUUGAGAGGGAGAGGGACCUCCAGAGAAAACAGGAAAGAGAGAGAGAAAGAGAGCGAGAAAGGGAGAACAGUGCAAAGCAGCAGCAGCAACAACAGCAGCAGCAACUCCACUCGUACAUGCCACUCACCCCUGAGGAAGACAUGGAGGUUUCCCACUUCAACAUGGUCCCUAUGGGGGCGAUAAUACCCGGGGCCAAACCCAUGGGAGUUCCUCAACAUCGCCACAUCGUCUCUAAGCCCCCGCCCGGCUACCUCAAUCCCCACCUGUCUGUGGUGCGGGGCAUCGGGAUCCCCUCUGCCCACCUCACCUUGAACCCCCACCCCCCUCCUUCACCUGUCCUACUAGGACUUGACCCAGCAGCCGCAGCAGCCGCAGCAGCUAGUGCUGCUGUCAUUGCCACCCCUCAGCUCCCUCCUCUCCCUCCCAUCUCCUCCUCCUCUGCAUCCUCCUCCAGAGGAGAGAAAACCUCAGGAGGAGGCUCUUCCGGUGGAGGAGCAGGUGGUGGUGGUGGAUCUGGAUCAGGUUCGACCUCCUCCUCUUCCUCACGUUCCCGAACCCCACUGACAGCUGCCCAGCAGAAGUACAAGAAGGGAGAUGUGGUGUGCACGCCAACAGGCAUCCGCAAGAAGUUCAAUGGGAAGCAGUGGAGGAGGCUGUGCUCCCGGGAGGGCUGCUCUAAAGAGUCCCAGCGCCGAGGAUACUGUUCCAGACACCUCUCAAUGAGGACCAAGGAGAUGGAAGCCAGUGGAGGCGGCCGGGAACGGGGUGGAGCUAGCAGCACGGGGACCCUAACACCAUCUGACCUCCGACUGAGUGGAGGGCGAGCCAGCUCAGAGUUUGACUGGGAUGAGACAUCACGGGAAAGCAGUGAGGCCAGCAGCCGUGGAGGAGAUUCCCGACCACGCCUGGUCCUUCCCUCCCUGCUCCCCCAGGACCUCUCCCGCUUCGACUUUGAUGAGUGUGAGGCAGCAACCAUGCUGGUCUCCCUGGGUGGCUCCCGGUCGGGCACGCCCUCGUUCUCCCCAAUAUCGAACCAGUCGCCAUUCUCCCCUACCGCAUCACCCUCGCCCUCUCCACUCUUCGGCUUCCGCCCAGCCAAUUUCAGCCCCAUCACCGCUCCCGCCUCACUUACUCCACGCCGCCAUCGCCAGCUCAGUGGCACUAAAAUGGGCACACCAGGCACUGAACGAGAACGCCACCUGUCAGGCAUCGUGCCCACUUUUCAGACCAACCUCACUUUCACAGUGCCCAUGAGCCCCAGCAAGAGGAAGCUCGACACGCACCCACCCCCUCCACUGCCUACAGUCCAGGACUACCAGACCAAACCUGAGCAGCAACAGCUGAUGGGUAUAGGGGGAGGGGUGGUGGGAGACCCAAACCUUGGUCACAGCCCCGCUGCCUUCAGAGUCCUGUCCCCCCAGAGUCAAUCCACAACCCCUUCUUCGCUUUCUUUCCCCAGGCCACGUAGUGCCACCAGCAGGCCACCAUCCUCUGCUGCCUCCACACCUCCGCCCAUGCUGGUCUCUCCUACCCCUCCUUCCCCUCUGCCCCAGGAACCCUCUCCACGCCGCAUUGUGCCCCUCCGCGAUUCCCCAGUCAUUGUCCGCAACCCAGAUGUCCCCCUGGCCAAGUUCUCUGAUGGCCCAUUAGGAAGGAGAGAGAGGAGCAGGUCCAGGGAGCACAACCAGCCCCAACAUGCAGCUCCACCAGGCCUGCAGGCCCCCGUCCCUAUCAACGGAGCCACCACCAACGGCGCGGUUCUCCUGCGCAACCCCACAUCCACGCUGGUCCUGGUCACCUCUAGCUCGUCCCUGACACCAGCCACAGCGGGCCACGCUGCCCUCUCCAGCUCCUCCAUCCCCGGGUCGAUGUCCACCUCAGUGGGCUCAGUCCUAUCCUCCUCUGGAUCUGGGGGCAGGGAGAGGGAGAGAAAACCUGAGGGACACCAAGAGGGAUCCGGGGGGUCGCUGCCACAGCCGGUAGCCUGUCAUCCCACACCGACCGCCCUGCUGCCGCUUAUACUGCCAGCCGAGUCUCCUCACCCUGCUCCGCGCAAGCAAAUCAUCAUGGGACGCCCGGGGACUGUUUGGACCAACGUGGAGCCUCGGUCGGUGCCAGUGUUCCCUUGGCAUUCUCUCGUCCCUUUCCUGGAGCCCAGCCAACCAGGGGCGGCUGCCCAGCCUGCUGAUGGCCAGCAACUUGUCAAUCAGGGCAAAGAGCCUCGCUGCGGGGUCGCCCUGGUUAGCGACGGACGGAUCGGCCCUCCGGACUUAGAGAGAGGAUCCCCGUCAUGCCCUCCCCCGACCAAUGACAAUCCUCCUGCAGACAGGGGCGGGGCUGACAGCGAGACAGAGAGCGAUACAGACGACCCGUUCUCGCCGGGUGUGGCCAAUGAUCCGGCGCCCUCCACUGGCACCAUCAAGAGACGCACGCAGUCCCUCAGCGCCCUGCCCAAGGACGGAGACAGGAAGAGAGAGAAAGACCACAUCCGCCGUCCCAUGAACGCGUUCAUGAUCUUCAGUAAGCGCCACCGAGCCCUCGUGCACCAGCGACAUCCCAACCAGGACAACCGGACAGUCAGCAAGAUCCUGGGGGAGUGGUGGUACGCUCUGGGGCCCAACGAGAAGCAGCAGUACCACGAUCUAGCCUUCCAGGUGAAAGAGGCCCACUUCAGAGCCCACCCUGACUGGAAAUGGUGUAACAAGGACCGCAGGAAGUCACUGUCAGAGGGCCGUGGGACCCCGAAGGAGCCACGGGAGAGGAGCAUGUCAGAGAGUAUAGAUCCCCACUCAGAGUCCCAGGUGCUAGAAGGGAAGGUAGGAAGCUCAGGCUGGCCGGGGGGUUCGGACCGUCGAGGGGGGAUGUUCGGCGGGCAGCACCCCCGUCCCCGAGCCUUUUCCCAGAGUGCCGUGCACACCCUGGAGCAGAGGGAGAGAGAGAGAGACCUGGAGAAGGAGGAAGGGGCAAAUUUGUUUCGCAACCGGCCACCGCCACAGCCCCUGUACCAGGGCGGGGCCAGCGAGGAUGUGACCAGUGAUGAAGAGCGCAUGGUCAUCUGUGAGGAGGAAGUGGACGAUGAUGUCAUGGAGGAUUCAUGUCCCGAAGGCUCCAUUGACCUCAAGUGUAAAGAGCGAGUGACGGACAGCGAUGAGGAUGAACCAGAUGGACAGCAUGGCUUCCAGCCAGUGGCUCGCUCCUCUCUCCCCUCCUCCUCUCCCUCCAUCCCUCACUCCGACUCCACCUCAGCUAAAGGGAACUCAGGAGGAGGAGGAGGAAGCGGAGGAGGAGGAGGAGGAGGAGGUGCUGAGGAUGGGUCUGAGAGGAAGAGAAAGAGAGGCACGGACGCAGGAGAGGAGGGGAGCGAGGGAGGAUCCGUCAGAGAAGAAACAGCGACCGGAGGAGAAGGAGGUGGAGGAGGUGGGCAGGGUGUCUCCUCUCUGUCCAUCGCAGGCUCAGCAUCCGGCACCCAGGCGCCGCUCACAUUCGCCCAGCAGGGUAUGACCCAGGUCCUCGGCGCUGUCCGCAUGGCUCCCACUAUGGUGACCAACGCGGUACGACCCAUCGCCAGCACGCCCAUCCCAAUCGCCAGCAAACCAGCGGAAGCCGCCGUCACCCUCAGCUCCCUGCCUCAGGACAAGAAAGCCACUCUCCUGAUUGGAGGCAGCGGACCUCAGCAGCUGCCAAUCACCGCAGGGGGUGGGUACCCGUCCUCAUCCUCCUCCUCCUCCCCUGGUCCUGUCAGUGUAACCCCUGUGGGGGGCAGCGGCCUGGUCACUAGCCUAGUUUUGGGGGGGUCCUUCCCAGCCGCCCAACCAGUGCAGCUUCUCACCCCGCAGCCCCUGCCGCCGCACGCACAAACCCCCCUACCUGUAAUCCAACCUCAGCUCCGCCCCGCCGCCACCUCUUCUCUCACACCUCCCGCCGGCCCCAAGCCGCUAGCGCAGGUCCAGUACAUCCUGCCCACCGAGAGCCCCUCCUCCCCUCAGCUCACCCACCAGCAAAUCCUCUCCCUGCCCACCAAUGCCGCCCUGGCCAAUGGCGUGCACUCAGGGGCUGGAAUCAGAGUUGCAUCAGUCAGCCCCGGGACCAGAGUCCAAACCCAGUCACCGGUCUUGCAGAGCAAGAUGUUGGUUCCCAUGGCAACAGUGAGAACAGGGUCUACUCCUCCUCAUCCUUCCAUUUCCCUGGUGGCUCCGCCUCUUCCUGUGCAGAAUGGCUCUGCGACAGGAAACAAGAUCAUCCAGAUCGCUCCCAUGCCUGUGGUCCAGACCAACGUUCACCCCGGCAGCGCCGCAGCAGUGCACCCUGGGAGCCCUUUCCCUGUUUCCAUGGCAACAGUGAUGGCUCCCGGUGCUGCACCCCCACAGACCGUUCUUCUGACCUCUCCACCCACCAGGAUCACCUAUGUCCAGUCCAGCCCGGGCGUCACCACAGCAGUGCCCCAACAAGCCCCACCCCCUCCAGGCCCUGCGUAUCUCCCAUCACCUCUGGCAACCCUGGGCUUCACCGCCAUCGCCCCGGCCGGGCAAACCCUGGUUCAGCCUAUCGUUGGGCAACCUCCACUGCUAGCUCCGGCCCCGCCCCUGAGCUGUCAAUCUCAGACCCCCACAGGCCAGGCCUCAGCAACCGCUGGUCGUCAGGUACUUACUGCCAUUUACCCUGCACCAACCGUUCCACUGGCUACAGGCGUGGUCUCUGUGACAACCGUGCCCCCCGCGGUGGCGGCUCCAGCCCAGGACGUGAUGAACCCUUCCUCUCCGUUGGCGACGGGGGUGCAAGGCUCAGCAGUGUCGACCCCUCAGCCUAGCGUGGCGGCGGAGGUGGAGCCGAAGUUAGAGGUGAAGAUCGAGCGUGAUCUGGAUGCUCUGACUGAGGAGGAAGGGAUGUCCAGCUGUACCGCUAACUCAUCAAUGUCCACUUGCAUGAGUACCGCAACAGCAGCAAAAAUAGAAGAGGACAUCGGCCAACACAUCAAGGAGGAAAAUGUGAGAGAUGGAUAUUGCAGAGAGAAACGAAGUGAGAUGGACGGAGAGCGUGAGAGAGUGAUGAAGGACAACAGCGAAAAGAAGAGCGGCAGAGAGAUGGACAGAGAGGACCACAGCAUGGGCGACAGCAGCAAAGAGGCUGGACCUCGUUCCCCUCCUCCACUACCCUCAGGUUUGGACCCCCCUCCCCCUCCCCCUGCAGAAAGAGAGCCCGCCUCUUCCUCAAAGAAGAUCAAGUUCCGACCCCCGCCGCUCAAAAAGACACCUGACUCGGUUUUGUCAGAGAUGUACUUCGAAGAGCGUUUUGCCGAGCUUCCAGAGUUUAACCCAGAGGAGGUCCUUCCCUCGCCCACUCUGCAGAGUCUGGCCACCUCACCAAGAGCCAUCCUGGGAAGCUACCGCAAGAAGAGACGCAACUCCACCGAGCUGGAAUUGACAGCAGAAGACCCCAGCUCACCGAGGAGGAAGACUCGUCGCCUCUCCAGCUGCAGUUCGGAGCCCAACACCCCGAAGAGCGCCGCCAAGUGCGAGGGAGAAAUCUUCACCUUUGACAGACCAGGCACAGAGGGAGAGGAUCUCCUAGGAGACUUGGACCGGGUCCCUUACUCGUCUCUGCGUAGAACUCUAGAUCAGCGCCGGGCCCUGGUCAUGCAGCUGUUUCAGGAACAUGGCUUCUUCCCCUCAGCUCAGGCCACCGCUGCCUUCCAGGCGCGUUACUCGGACACCUUCCCCACCAAGGUCUGCCUGCAGCUGAAGAUCCGUGAAGUCCGUCAGAAGAUCAUGCAGACAGCCACGCCCGGAGCCACUGAGCCUGGAGGGUCAAUCGAGGCCAACCCCGCCCCGUCCCACAGCUCCUCUUUCAAUCAAUCAGCCCGGGAGGACGGAGGGGCGGAGCAGCAAGGAGACAAAGGCCGGAGUCCCGAGGAGCCGAAAAGCGAAGGUUCAUAAGCUGGAGAGGAUGACAAAGCGGAAAAAUCAAGGAGAAGAAGACGAGAGAGCGGAGUGUGUCAUCCCCACAGAAUAUUCUUGUAUGUGUUGAACCAGUACUUUGUGGGAUCCGUUCUACUGGCACUAAUCUCCACCCAGACCUGGGCAGAAAAUACAUUUGAAUAUGGUCACAAACAUUCAACCUACUCAAGGUGCGCUUGAUUUGUCUAAUCAGACAUUUUUAAAAAAGCCUCAAAAGUGGACAAAUCACAUGCAAGACAUGAUGAGUCAAGUGCUUCUUGUAGUAUUGUUUUCCCUUUUUUUUUUUUUUUUUUUUUUUUCCAAGUAUCCAGAAUAUUUUCAGUUACUACUUUGCCCAGGUCUGCUCGCAGCACAUUUGUACAGUAGUUUGUAGUUUGACACACAAACUCUGUGGUACACACUCUCUAUCUCUCUGGCACACACACACAUACACACACACACACACACAUAAACCCUGGUGCAUAUGUAAUUUCCAGCAUGCACAUGAUCCCACACAAACACACACAUACACACACACACACACACACACACCCUUACCAAAUCAG